AUGUCUCUGUUCUCUGGUGGCAAAUCCAAGGAUGCUGAUCCGUUCUCCAAGAAAUCCCAGUUUUACGUGGAGUUCCUGGGGUGGAUGGAGUGUCGGGGAGUCAGAGGACACAAAUACACGGAGUCGGUCAUGAGGGAACUGCGGCGACGCCAGAAGAACAUGGAGGCUCCACCGAAACUGACCAUUGAGGUAAGCAGAAAGGAGCUGAAGAUUACCCAGAAUGUGCCAGAUAAGAGCAAAAAAGGCGGGAAGAAGGUUAAAUUCCCAACAAUACCAGCAAGGGAUGUUACUUACGUACAACAAGCCAUUCGCCCAGGAGAAGGACGUCUGGACGAUGUUGUUGCCUGCAUCUUCCUGGGAUACAUGCCUCGGACGCAGAGAUACGUCCACGUUCACGUCUAUCGUUUCGACGAGGCAAAAACAGCGGCUCUCUUCGCGACCCAGAUGGCGGCUUUGGUCGAAGAAAAUUACGAACGGAUACAAAAGGUUGAGGCUGAUUUGGCCAAAAGAGGAGAGAUUGAUGACGUGAGAAUGAUGCCGGGGGAUAGCGUCCAUAGCGAUGUUCGCACGAGUGACUCCGCUGUAGGUUCGGCUUCCAGCACGGGAAGCAAUGAUGAAUCUUCAAGUUUCACCAAUGACGAGAUUGAUUCGGAUCUGCAGAGUCUAAAGGAUGUUCAGCCCUUUGACAGCGUCGCCGAUGAGCUGAAAUACCGGCUGCAGAUGAAGGAUAAACCGCUUUUGCUGCCACCUAAGGAUUAUGAUACAAUUCGAAGAGGGCAUGGGAAUUUGAAAGAGGUCAAUAGGAGAAGGUGUCUUAACUUGAACAUCGUUGGCGAAAACGCUAUACUACAAGAUAACAACGGUUCAACUGAAAGUGGGGUGGACUCACUGACCCCAGUAAGCGAUCCCUGUGAAACUGAGAGCCAGAUCUCUGUGGGUAAAAUACACUGGCCUCCCGGUGACUCACCAGAUCAUAAAAAUCGAAAUUUUCCAAGCGUAUCAUCCCAACAAAGCCCAGAAACUUCCGUUCAAAUGAUUCAAAAAUACCCGAAGUUAAAUUUCAUGAAAAAUACCCCGCAAGAAUCAAUCAAGCAAGAAGAUGGUAAUCUAGGAAUUUCUAAGUCUAGAGGAAGUUUUGGAAACAAAUCCCCAGAAAUAUCGCCAUCCUUAGCCGAAACGGUCUACCCACCAAAAAUUCCGAGCCCAGGAUAUUACCACCCUCGUAAGACCCCAGUCUCAAGGCUGGGUAGCGAUGCCUCAACGCUUGCGUAUUACCAUGAAAGCAGACGAGAAGGUCCAUCUGGCCACUAUGAAAGUGGCUCUGUGAAUGAUAUCUACUCACCACCUCACAGAGCAUCAUUGAAGCUUCAAAAACAGAUGUCCCUGAACGACGAGUUUCAUCCGGGUCAUCGUAACGAUUUCAGCGAGAGUCUACAGCAGCAUCAGAGAGUGAAUCAGAAGUAUCGUCGAUCUUACUUUUCUCGGACUAUAUCAGAAGACUACACUGGAGUUGAGGCCCCUUUUGGAUUCAGCUCAAGCCCCAGUGAAUUGCGCUUCCCAGGACAAAACAGGAAUUCAUCCGUUUAUGUAGCUGCACCCCUGUGCGUGGAGCGCAGAAGUUUGCCAUCGCCUUCUUCCUCAGUGCCUUCCGAAAAAGUAAACUUCAGCAAGCGGAAAUGA